UUCGGAUUUUUUCUCGUUCGGAGCUCAACAAUGGCGUCACAACUUCUCUUUGUUCCUCAUCUCGCUCUCAUCCCUAAAGCCUCACCCUUUCAUCCUUCCCUCUUCUCAACAAUAAACCCCAGUUUCUUUCACUCUACUUCCGCAAAGAGAGCUCUCAAAUCCUCCUCUGAUUCUCGAAUUAUAAACCUCAAAGCCGUCGCGGACACUUUCUCUGAAAUCGAAAGCAACAGUGCCAAUGAAACAACUGCUUUAACUCUACGUGAAAUCUGCCAAGGUUUUGUCCCGGAGCAUAUUUUGCACAGAAUAGAGGAGAUUGGGUUUGUGUUACCCACAGAGAUACAAAAAGAAGCUCUACCUACUUUGUUUACAGGCCGUGAUUGCAUCCUCCAUGCUCAAACAGGUUCAGGCAAGACAUUGACUUACCUGUUACACAUAUUCUCUCUUAUUAAUCCUCAACGAUCUUCUGUGCAAGCUGUAAUUGUUGUACCCACUCGAGAGCUCGGUAUGCAAGUUACAAAAGUUGCUCGAAUGUUGGCUGCAAAAUCGGAUUUUGAUGUGAAAGGAUGUACAGUAAUGGCUCUCUUAGAUGGAGGUACCCUAAGAAGGCACAAAAGCUGGCUUAAGGCUGAGCCACCAGCAAUUUUGGUUGCUACAGUAGCAAGUUUGUGUCACAUGCUAGAAAAGCACAUAUUUAGACUUGACUCUGUGAGAGUUCUUGUUUUAGAUGAGGUUGAUUUCUUAUUCUACUCUUCAAAACAAGUUGGUUCUGUGCGGAAGCUUUUGACUUCAUUUUCUUCAUGCGAUAAACGUCAGACAGUUUUUGCCAGUGCUUCCAUUCCCCAGCAUAAACAUUUUGUGCAUGACUGUAUACAGCAAAAGUGGACAAAGAGGGAUGUUGUCCAUGUUCAUGUUAGCGCAAUCAUGCCCAUGCCUUUGUGCCUUCUUCACAGAUUCGUUAUGUGUCAGAAGACAAAUAAACAUCAAAUGCUGCUUGCCUUGUUAGAGUCUGAUGCACCUGAAUCCGCUAUUAUUUUUGUCGGGGAACAGUCUGAGAAUGAACAUUAG